AUGGGUAUUCUCAUUCCACUCGUCUCAGUCUCCGCCUUCUGGGCUCUCAUAGGAUUCGGACUGCCAUGGAUUGUGCCAAAGGGACCAAACAAGGGAAUCAUCCAAUUGAUGAUCGUUAUGACCGCUGUUUGCUGCUGGAUGUUUUGGAUCAUGGUCUUCCUCCAUCAAUUGAACCCACUCAUCGGACCACAAAUCAACGUGAAAACAAUUCGUUGGAUUUCCGAAAAAUGGGGAGACGCCGUUCCAAACAACAACUAA